AUGGCACCCACAGAAUCCGCCAUCCUAUCGCACUACCUCCUCAUCCCCGCGCCCCUGCAAUCCAUCCAAACCCUCGACCAAUUCCGGUCCCUCUUCCCGCGCUCCUGGCAAGCACACCCCCAAGUGCGCCUCCUCUACCGCGACCUCCAAGCCCAGCGGAACGCCAUCAUCGACACCGUCACCGAGAACAUUGACGUCGAGGCCCGGCGGGGUGUGUCUAUGCGGCGAGAAGUACUGCGCGUGGCACUGGAAGAGAGUAGGGAUAAUGAUGGGGAUGCAGAAGUUGAAAUUGAGAGGGCGCUUUUUGGGGAUAAAUCCGGUGCCAAACGCUCGAAAUAUACGCUCCGCACGGUGAUUCCCGAAUUAGAUGGUGCGGCUGCGACGCUAGAGUCCGAGAUUCAGAGACUGGAGGAUGAGGAAGCGGACUUGGUGGCUGAGAUACGCCAGACUGUCGACGAUUUGAGUGACUUGCAGUAUGGCAAGCUUUCUAACGCGCGGCUAAAGGAUGGUGUUUUGGAGGGCCUCACUUCUUUACGGGAUGCGUGUGCGAGUAAGACGUAA